AUGUCUGACGACUGGAACUCCGUUACCAAGAUCGGUAGCCGCACUCGUGGUGGCGCCGCGGGACCUCGCGAAACCGUGGUCAAGGGCAAGUCAGCUUUGAACGCAGCCCAACGCAGCGGCGGUAUCGUCGCCACAGAGAAGAAGUUCGCUUCCGCCAACGCCCCACAGGGAGCUUCAUCAGAGGGCCAACGCCUUACUAAAGUCGACCGUUCCGACGACAUCGUCAAGCCCAAGACCGUUGGCAUCGUGGUCGGCCAGGCCAUCGCCAAGGCGCGCUCCGAGGCAAAGAACGACAAGGGCACUACCAUGACACAGAAGGAUUUAGCUACAAAGUGCAACAGCACACCCACUAUCAUUGCCGACUUUGAGCGUGGUACUGCGACACCAGACCAAAAGCUGCUAGGAAACAUGGAGCGCGUGCUCAAUGUCAUUCUACGGGGUGACAAGAUUGGGCAGCCGAAACCCAUUCUCUUCGUCUCUACCUUGCUCAUCUUCCUGUUUUACUUCAGUAUGAGUACCUCAGAUCACUCGUCCACGGUGCCUAUUCCGACUGAACCAGCGUUGGAUUAUCACUUCAAGUAUACCGUGCAGAAGGGAUUCUUCAUGCAGAGUGAGGAUGAGACUGAUGAUACCACUUUUGACUUCAAGGCGCAUAAUUUCGGCUUGAUUGAGCGCUCUUACCCCAGUGAAGACGACAGUAAAGAGAAGCAAUGGAAGCGCUUUGAGACACACGUGGCCAGUCUAGAGGCGGCGAAGAAAGAGGGCGAGAGUUACAAAGUACUCUUUCUGGGUCGUCAUGGUCAGGGAUGGCACAAUGUCGCAGAGGCAAAGUACGGAACGAAGGCUUGGGAUUGUUACUAUGCCGCCCUCGACGGCUACGACGGCAUUAUCUGGGCAGACGCCAACCUUACCUCCACAGGUCAAGACCAAGCCCUUGCCGUGAACAAGUUAUGGGCUGAACAACUCCCCCUCGGGAUCCCGGUCCCACAGACAUACUAUGUCUCUCCUUUAACCCGCACAAUAGAAACAGCAAACCUAACAUUCGGAGGUCUCCCACUUCCCCCCUCCCAACCCUACGCACCCUACAUAAAGGAACUCGUGCGCGAAGCCCUCGGCGUACAUACUUGUGAUCGGCGCAGUACAGCCACUCACUUGAAGCAAACCUUCACCGACCCGAUAUUGACAUUUGAACCCGGUUUUAAAGACGAAGAUCCCCUCUGGGAAGCCGAGUACCGGGAACCGCGAGCGGCAAGACGCUACCGAUUGGCCACAUUCCUGGACGAUGUUUUUGCUUCGGAUAACAACGUGUGGUUAAGUGUAACCAGCCAUUCGGGGGCGAUUAGAAGUAUGCUCGAGGCAUUUGGGCACAGGAUGUUUGCGCUGGAGACGGGGGGUGUGAUACCAGUUUUUGUCAAGGCGGAGAGGGUGCAGGGGAAAAGGAAGGCUCCGCCUAAGGAACCUAGCGAUGCGCCGCCGUUAUGUGAUGGGCCACCACACUGA